AUGACGAUGGUGUUGGUGAUCAUCAUGAUGGUGGUCGUGAGGACUUGGACGGGUUACCAGAGACAAAGACGCAGGGCUACCAGACGAAAAGACAAAGUAAGCAUGUUGUCAGCCUUCAUCGCUCCCUUCAAGCACUUAAGCCCCGGGGCCACAAACACCGAGGAUGAAGACACUCUCAGUACCAGCAGCGCAGACGUGAAGGAAAACCGCAACGUGAGCAACCUGGAGGCGGGGCCGCUGCCCCAGGGCGACAGGGUCCGCAGCGGGCCGCCAGGCAUGAAGAGGAAAAGGCCCCUGGAGGAGGGCAACGGCAGCCACCUCUGCAAACUGCAGCUGAUCUGGAAGAAGCUGUCGUGGUCGGUGACGCCCAAGAACGCGCUGGUCCAGCUGCACGAGCUGCGGCCGGGCCUGCAGUACCGGAUGGUGUCCCAGACCGGCCCGGUGCACGCGCCCGUCUUCGCCGUGGCCGUGGAGGUGAACGGGCUCACGUUCGAGGGCACGGGGCCCACCAAGAAGAAGGCCAAGAUGCGCGCGGCCGAGCUGGCCCUGCGAUCCUUCGUGCAGUUCCCCAAUGCCUGCCAGGCCCACCUGGCCAUGGGCGGCGGCGCCGGGCCCUGCACGGACUUCACCUCCGACCAGGCCGACUUCCCCGACACGCUCUUCAAGGAGUUCGAGCCGGCGGCGCCCCGCGAGGGCUGCCCGGGCCGCCGCGCCGCCGACGCCGAGCUGCUGCCCGCGGCCUGCCGGCGGGGACGGCUGCUGUGCCGCACGCUGGACCUGGCGCGCCCGGGCGAGAGCAACCCGGUGGUGCUGCUGAACGAGCUGCGCGCCGGCCUGCACUACGUGUGCCUCGCCGAGCCGGCCGAGCGGCAGCGCGCCAAGCGCUUCGUGAUGGCCGUGCGCGUGGACGGGAGGACGUUCGAAGGCUCGGGUCGCAGCAAGAAGCUGGCCAAGGGACAGGCGGCGCAGGCGGCUCUCCAGGCCCUCUUCGACAUCCGGCUGCCCGGCCACGUCCCCAGCAGGAGUGGGAGCCGCCUCCUGCUGCAGGAAUUCGCCGACUCCGUGUCCCAGCUGGUCACGCAGAAGUUCCGCGAGCUGACGGCAGGCCUGACGUCUGUGCACGCCCGCCACAAAGCGGUGGCAGGAAUCGUCAUGACCAAAGGCCUGGACGCGAGGCAAGCGCAGGUCGUCGUCCUGUCCUCGGGCACCAAGUGCAUCAGCGGCGAGUACAUCAAUGACCAGGGGCUGGUGGUCAACGACUGCCACGCGGAGGUCGUGGCCCGGAGAGCGCUUGUCCACUUCCUGUACGCGCAGCUGGAGCUGCACCUGAGCAAGCGCCGUGAGGACUGGGAGCGCUCCGUCUUCGUGCGGGCCAAGGAGGGCGGCUACCGGCUGAGGGAGAACGUGCUGUUCCACCUCUACGUGAGCACGUCGCCCUGCGGGGACGCGCGGCUCAACUCGCCCUACGAGAUCACCACCGACAAGCUCAGCAGCAGCAAACACAUCGUCAGGAAGUUCCGCGGGCACCUGCGCACCAAGAUUGAGUCUGGGGAAGGGACCGUACCCGUCCGCGGCCCCAGCUCGGUACAGACGUGGGACGGCGUCCUACUGGGCGAGCAGCUCGUCACCAUGUCCUGCACGGACAAGAUCGCCAGGUGGAACGUGCUGGGGCUGCAGGGCGCCCUCCUCUGCCACUUCAUCGAACCCGUGUACCUGCACAGUCUCAUCGUGGGCAGCCUGCACCACACCGGCCACCUCUCCCGGGUGAUGAGCCUCAGGACCGAGGACAUCGGCCAGCUGCCAGCCUCGUACCGGCACAACCGGCCACUCCUCAGUGGCGUGAGUGACGCUGAGGCGCGCCGGCCGGGAAAGUCACCCCACUUCAGCGUCAACUGGGUCCUGGGCAAUUCGGACGUGGAGAUCAUCGACGCCACCACCGGGAAGCGGAGCUGUGGGGGCUCGUCCAGGCUCUGCAAGCACACGUUCUCCACCCGGUGGGCGCGGCUUUACGGGAAGCUGAGCACGCGGGUACCAAGCCACGGAGACACGCCGUCCAUGUACUGUGAGGCCAAGCUGGCGGCCCGCACCUACCAGUCCGUGAAACAGCAGCUGUUCCGAGCUUUCCAGAAGGCGGGUCUGGGCACCUGGGUGAGGAAGCCGCCUGAGCAAGACCAGUUUCUACUGACUCUAUGA